GGUGCCCGGUGCUCCCCGCCCAGCUGCGCUCAGGAGCGCGGGACCCUGCGGAGGGGUAAGAGCACCCCCAGGCCUUCCUUUGCGGCGGGUUCCCCUAUCCAUCUGCACCCCCAGCUCCUGCCCCUUGCCCAUUUCAACCCGCCCGGCCUGGCACCCCGAAAGGCACAGCGAGGAGGGCCGUGGCCCGGCUCAGCCUCGCGCUGCCCUCCGGCGGUCAGGACCAGAUGGCUCAGGGGAGCAGAGGGCGGGAAGUGGCUCCUCGCCCCGGGGCAGAGGGCUGGUCCCCACCCCCAAGCCCGGACAUGGAGGAGCUGCUCAGGAGCGUGGAGAGAGACCUGAACAUCGAUGCCCGGCAGCUAGCCUCGGUCCCGGGGGGCACCCAUGUGGUGGCCCUAGUACCUGUGCGCUGGCUGGCCAGCCUCCGCGAGCGCCGGCUGGGCCCCUGUCCCCGGGCCGAGGGCCUGGGUGAAGCGGAAGUCAGGACUCUCCUGCAGCGCUCGGUACAGAGGCUGCCCCCGGGCUGGACGCGAGUGGAGGUGCACGGGCUGCGGAAACGGAGACUGUCCUAUCCGCUGGGCGGGGCCUUGCCCUUUGAGGAGGGGUCCUGUAGCCCCGAGACUCUCACUCGGUUCAUGCAGGGGGUGGCUGCCCAGAAUUACCGGAACCUGUGGCGCCACGCAUACCACAUUUAUGGGCAGCCUUAUAGUCAUAGCCCUGCCCCCUCAGCUGUCCCUGCCUUGGACUCAGUAAGACAAGCUCUACAGAGGGCCUAUGGCUGCUCCUUCCUGCCAGUGGGUGAAGCCACCCAGUGCCCAUCCUAUGUCAGAGAUGGGCCCUAUCCUCGAGGCAGCCCCGCCUGCCCCAGCCUUUUGCGAGCUGAGGCUCUGCUGGAGUCAGCAGAGAUGCUGUAUGUGGUACACCCUUAUGUGCAGUUUUCCCUGCAUGAUGUAGUCACCUUCAGCCCGGCCAAGCUGACCAACAGCCAAGCCAAGGUGCUUUUCAUUCUCUUCCGUGUGCUGAGGGCCAUGGAUGCCUGUCACCGCCAGGGGCUGGCCUGUGGGGCCCUGUCUUUGCACCACAUUGCUGUGGAUGAGAAGCUUUGCAGUGAACUCCGGCUGGACUUGAGUGCUUAUGAGAUGCCCACUGAAGAUGAGAGCAAGGAGGCCCUGGUAGAGAAAGAAGGGAGAGGCAGUGAAUCUGAAAAAGAGAAGGCAAAGGCAGGGAGAUCUGGGUGUCCCACCUGCCAGGAAGAACUUAGGGGCCUUGUGCUAGACUGGGUCCAUGGCCGAAUCAGCAACUUCUACUACCUCAUGCAGCUGAAUCGAUUGGCAGGUCGGAGGCAGGGGGAUCCCAACUAUCACCCAGUGCUGCCCUGGGUGGUGGACUUUACCACGCCCCAUGGGCGCUUCCGAGACCUGCGCAAGUCUAAAUUCCGCCUCAACAAGGGGGAUAAGCAACUGGACUUCACAUAUGAGAUGACACGGCAGGCAUUUGUAGCAGGUGGUGUAGGCAGUGGGGAGCCACCCCAUGUUCCUCACCACAUCUCAGAUGUGCUCUCUGACAUCACAUACUACGUGUACAAAGCUCGGCGCACACCCCGCUCGGUACUUUGUGGACAUGUCCGAGCACAGUGGGAGCCCCAUGAGUAUCCUGCCACCAUGGAGAGGAUGCAGACCUGGACACCUGAUGAGUGCAUCCCUGAAUUCUACACAGAUCCCUCCAUUUUUUGCUCCAUUCACCCUGACAUGCCUGACCUGGAUGUGCCAGCCUGGUGCAGGUCUAACCAGGAGUUUGUGGCUGCCCAUCGAGCUCUGCUGGAGAGCCGGGAGGUGUCACAAGAUCUGCACCAUUGGAUUGACCUCACCUUUGGCUACAAACUCCAGGGCAAAGAGGCUGUGAAGGAGAAAAAUGUGUGUCUGCACCUGGUGGAUGCCCACACCCACCUGACCAGCUACGGGGUGGUUCAACUCUUUGAUCAGCCCCAUCCCCAGCGCCUGGCUGGAGCUCCUACACUUGCCCCUGAGCCUCCACUCAUCCCCCGGCUGCUGGUCCAGACCAUUCAGGAGGCCACAGGCCAGGAGGACUUUCAAGGACAACUUAUAAAUGGGGUGGACAGGCUAAUUGUAGAGUCCACUCCGUGUGAGGCUGGCUGGACCAGAGACAGACCCUUGACAGGGGAAGAUGACUUAGAGCAGGCCACAGAAGCUCUGGAUUCCAUCUCCCUCCCUGGGAAAGCAGGUGACCAGCUGGGCUUCUCCAGUCAAGCCUCCCCUGGCCUCCUCUCUUUCUCUACAACCUCAGGCUCUCGACCAGGGCGCCGGAGCAAAGCUGCUGGGCCAGACCCAGGGGAGGGUGAAGAUGGGAAGAUUGUUCUUCCUGAGGGCUUCAGUCCCUUGCAGGCCUUGGAGGAGUUGGAGAAAAUGGGCAACUUCCUGGCCAAAGGCCUAGGGAGCCAGUUGAAGGUGCCUGAGCAGCCUCAGGUCCAGCCACCUGUGCAGUUGCAGAGCCUCUUCCAUCGGGACAUGCAGGUGCUGGGUGUCCUAUUGGGUGAGAUGGUGUUUGCCACCAGAGUUCGGACAUUGCAGUCUGGCGCACCUUUGUGGGUACGCUUUGAGGCUGUUCGGGGUCUCUGUAUACGUCACUCCAAGGAGGUCCCUGUGUCUUUGCAGCCUGUGCUAGACACACUACUACAGCUGAGUGGACCCGAAGUCCCCACGGUAGUGAAGAGGGGCAAGUUGGACUCACUGUUUGAGUACAGGCCUGUCUCCCAGGGAUUGCCCCCACCUAGCCCAGCCCAGCUCCUCAGCCCCUUCAGCUCUGUAGUCCCCUUCCCUUCAUAUUUCCCAGCACUUCACAGGUUCAUUCUCUUGUAUCAGGCAAGGCGUGUGGAAGAUGAGGCCCAGGGACGGGAGCUGGUGUUUGCUCUGUGGCAGCAGCUGGGUGCAGUGCUAAGUGACAUCACUCCUGAGGGCCUGGAGAUUCUGCUGCCCUUCGUGCUGUCACUCAUGUCUGAGGAGCACACAGCUGUGUACACUGCCUGGUACCUAUUUGAACCUGUUGCCAAGGCUCUGGGCCCCAAAAAUGCUAAUAAGUACCUCUUGAAGCCUCUCAUCGGUGCCUAUGAGAGCCCCUGCCGGCUGCAUGGCCGCUUCUACCUGUACACUGACUGUUUUGUGGCCCAGCUGAUGGUGCGACUGGGCUUGCAGGCUUUCCUUAUCCACCUGCUGCCCCACGUCCUGCAGGUGCUGGCUGGGGUGGAGGCCUUCCAGGAGGAGAGUAAAGGCCUGGUUGGGGCCACAGAGGAUGAAGAAAGUGAGCUCCCAGGGUCUGGGACUGGUUCCUGUGCCUUUGGGGAGAAGAUUCAGAUGGAUGGGGAACCUGCUGCUUCCUCAGGCCUGGGGCUUCCAGACUACAGGUCAGGUGUCAGCUUCCAUGAUCAGGCAGACCUCCCUGACACAGAGGACUUCCAAGCUGGGCUCUACGUGGCUGAAUCUCCACAGCCGCAGGAGGCUGAGGCUGUGAGCCUGGGCCAGAUGAGUGACAAGAGCAGUACUAGUGAAACCUCCCAGGGCGAGGAACGGGGUGGGGAUGACGGGGGUGCCCCUGUGGACAAGAACAGCCUGAGGUCAGGUGACAGCAGCCAGGACUUGAAGCAAAGUGAGGGCUCUGAGGAGGAAGAAGAGGAGGAAGGCUGUGUGGUGUUGGUGGAAGAGGAGGAGGAGCAACAGGAUGAAGUCACAGGAACGUCUGAACUCACUCUGUCUGACACAGUUCUGUCCAUGGGGACAGUUGUGGCUCCUGAUGGUGGGAGAGACAGAGAGGAGGAGGAAGAAGGAGAGGAGCCCCUGACUGAGCAGACAGAAGGCAAAGAACAGAAGAUCCUCCUUGAUACAGCCUGCAAGAUGGUCCGCUGGCUAUCUGCCAAGCUUGGCCCCACAGUGGCCUCUCGCCAUGUGGCCCGGAAUCUGCUGCGGCUGCUGACAUCUUGUUAUGUUGGGCCCACUCAGCAGCAGUUCACAGUCAGCAGUGAUGAGAGCCCUCCGUUGAGUGCCGGCAACAUCUACCAAAAGAGGCCAGUACUAGGUGACAUAGUGUCGGGGCCGGUGCUCAGCUGUCUCCUUCACAUCGCCCACCUAUAUGGGGAGCCUGUUCUCACGUACCAGUACCUGCCCUACAUCAGCUACCUGGUGGCCCCAGGGAGCAAUUCAAGCCCCAGCCGAUUGAACAGCCGCAAGGAGGCAGGGUUGCUGGCUGCAGUGACACUGACUCAGAAGAUCAUCGUGUACCUUUCGGACACCACCCUCAUGGACAUCCUGCCUCGCAUCAGCCAUGAGGUCCUCCUGCCUGUGCUCAGCUUCCUCACCUCCCUCGUCACAGGGUUCCCCAGUGGGGCCCAGGCUCGGACUGUUCUGUGUGUGAAGACCAUCAGCCUCAUUGCCCUCAUCUGCUUGCGCAUUGGACAGGAGAUGGUCCAGCAGCACCUGAGUGAGCCUGUGGCUACCUUCUUUCAAGUCUUUUCUCAUCUCCACGAGCUUCGACAACAGGAUCUGCAGUUGGAUCCCAAGGGCUGUGUUGAUUGCCAGCUACCAGAGGUGACCUUCUCUGAUGGGCAGCGGCGACCAGUGGACCCCACCCUGCUGGAAGAACUGCAGAAGGUCUUCACCCUGGAAAUGGCAUAUACGAUCUAUGUGCCCUUCUCCUGCCUGUUGGGUGACAUCAUCCGGAAAAUCAUCCCCAACCACGAGUUGGUUGGGGAGCUGGCAGGGCUGUAUCUGGAAAGCAUCAGCCCAAGUGCUCGUAACCCAACCAGUGUGGAGCCCACCAUGCCCAGCACCGGCCCUGAGUGGGACUUUCAGGGUGGGAGCUGUCCCCAGGAUGAUGGCCACUCAGGGACCUUUGGGAGUGUCUUGGUUGGAAAUCGCAUCCAGAUCCCUGACUCUCAGCCUGAGAGCCCUGGGCCACUGGGCCCCAUCUCUGGGAUGGGUGGUGGAGGUCUCAGCAGCAGGAGCGAGGACAAUGCUCUGAAGCGGGAGCUGCCCCGGAGUGCCCAUGGGCUGAGUGGGAACUGGCUGGCAUAUUGGCAGUAUGAGAUUGGUGUGAGCCAGCAGGACGCCCACUUCCACUUCCACCAGAUCCGCCUGCAGAGCUUCCCAGGCCACAUGGGGGCUGUCAAAUGUGUGGCUCCCCUGACCAGCGAGGACUUCUUCCUGAGUGGCAGUAAAGAUCGUACCGUGCGCCUCUGGCCACUGUACAACUAUGGGGAUGGUACCAGUGAGACAGCCUCCCGCCUCAUCUAUGGCCAGCACCGCAAGAGUGUCUUCUACGUGGGCCAGCUUGAGGCCCCGCAGUAUGUGGUGAGCUGUGAUGGGGCAGUGCACGUCUGGGACCCCUUCACAGGGAAGACCCUUCGCACAAUAGAGCCAUCAGACAGCCGGGUGCCCCUGACUGCUGUUGCUGUCAUGCCUGCCCCCCAUACCAGUAUCACCAUGGCCAGCUCUGACUCAACCCUGCGCUUCGUGGACUGCAGGAAGCCUGGCCUGCAGCACGAGUUCCGACUGGGUGGAGGGCUGAACCCUGGUCUUGUCCGUUCCCUGGCAGUCAGUCCCAAUGGCCGUAGUGUUGUGGCUGGCUUCUCUUCAGGCUUCAUGGUGCUCCUGGACACCCGCACUGGCCUAGUUCUACGAGGCUGGCCAGCCCAUGAGGGGGACAUUCUACUAAUCAAGGCAGUAGAGGGCAGCAUCCUAGUCAGCUCCUCUUCCGAUCACUCCUUGACUGUCUGGAAGGAGCUGGAGCAGAAGCCCACGCACCACUACAAGUCAGCAUCUGACCCCAUCCAUACCUUCGACCUGUACGGCAGUGAGGUGGUCACUGGCACUGUAGCUAACAAGAUUGGUGUCUGCUCCCUGCUUGAACCACCCUCCCAGGCCACCACUAAGCUCAGUUCCGAGAAUUUCCGUGGCACUCUAACUAGUCUGGCCUUGCUGCCCACGAAACGUCAUCUCCUGCUGGGCUCGGACAAUGGCAUCAUCCGCCUCCUGGCAUAGGCCCAGGCAGGAGCUGACUGGGCAGGAGCAAGCUGGCAUACCCAGGUCUAGCUCUUCAUCCUUCAUCUCUCAGCAGCUCCCUCUAGCCAAGCCCCCAGCCCUGGGUACCCACACAGCCUGCCAGCUAGGGUCUCCUAGCUCCUGAAUCUCCAAAGCUGCAAGCGGUCUCAUUGAUGAAACUGGGGAAAUGCUGCUCCUAACCAGCCAAAAACACAAACAGGGAAAAGCAUGGUGACCCCCAUUGCUCCCAAUUCUGCCUUCUGUGUUCACAUAAGGACAAGGAAGCUCUAGAGAAGGGAAGGGAGAUAGAGCUUGCCCAGCCAGCUUGUAGUCAAGCCCCCCAUUCUGGGCACACUCUGCUCCUGUCCCUUAGGGACAGGAAACUGCCUCUGCCCUGGGCAUUGAAACUGCCUAAGGAAGUCUGUCCAUGACCUAGUAGUUCAGGGAUUUAAGUGUCUAUUCAGCUAGAGCCUUUGGUGUGGGACCAGGAGAGGAAAAAAGAGGGCAGGACCAGGGGAGAGAAGGUCAGAUGGGUUACCUGGUUCUUGCCAGGAAUGAAUCCAUGCCUUGCCUUGGUACCCCUAACCAUAGUAUUUGUGCCUUGUGCUGGGGAGGCAGCCCUUGGGACAAGCCCCCCCUAGGGGGAGAGUUCAAGACCUUGGAAGAAGGGGCAACAAGAAUCAUUUCUGCAUCUCUUGAGUCCUCAUCUGGAACAGAGAUGAGGUCUGAGGCAUGGCCCCUGCUGCCUCCUCACUAUUUGCAAUAGAUGUAAAUAACAUCAAUAAAUCCUUUGGAUGAGC